CUCUGCAGAAAUCCCGGAUCUGCUCUGCUCUAUUCUGCUCCUCACCGUCGGCUGCUCUUGUUUGUGGGUGCGAAAUUCUUCAAAUUUCUGAUUCCGAAUUUCUCCCCAAAUUGCCGCCGGCCUUCCCCUAGCUUGUAGCUCUGGUUUUGCUGGGAAAAUUCUGUUACUGUUCACGGCGUGAUCACUGUUCACGGGCACUAUUCACGCACUGAUGGCCAACAAUUAACGGGGAUUAAAUGUUUAGUUUGUAAUAUAAGAACAAAUUUGGAGAUGUCCGGUCAUGUGGAGACUGAUAGAAAUAGCAUCAUGAUUAGGGGUAGUCCUAAUGAUGAUUUCACUUUGAAUUUGUAAUAGUGUGGUAUUAAUUUUGGAAUAUUUUGGUUAGGUUCUUGAUCCUUGGGGCACUUUAGUAUGUGGGUUGAGUCUUCGGUUUUAUGCGAUUUGAGGUAAGUAAAAUUAUGGUAAUUCCCUUCGAUUUUAAAAGUGUAUUUUAACUUGUUUUUCAAGUGGUGGCGGGACUAAAUCUGUUUUCUACAAAAAUGAGCAUGAUUGAUUUGAAAUAAGAUUAUUAUUCUUUUUAUUGAUUUGAGCAUGUCUACUUGGAAUUUACUUAACUGCCCUGAUGAACUGAGAAUUUUGUAGACUCUGAUUUUUCUGCUAAAUCCAUGCCCACAUGGAAAUUUUCCCGGUUUAUUCUUGAAAUUGAGAGUGAGAAUCAUGGAUUUUUCUAUAAAUCUUGCUUGGUUUUGUCUCCGAUAUGGUCAUGUUAUUCAUGUGCCCGCUAGUGGGAGGUUUAUAAACGCUAGCACAUGUCGACAUGUUAUUGAUAGAACUCGUUCGUUUCUGUUAUCCUACUAGUGGGAUUAUACACUAGUAAAUCAUGUGCCUGCCAGUGGGAGGUUUAUAACACUGGCCAUGACCUAUAGAGGAGACGUCUAUUUCGUUCCCGUACUAUAUCCGUUUUUCGUGAUUACACUUGUUGGCAUGCUAUAAGUUUAAUUAAGGGCUAUUCAUAUUUACUUACUGAGUUAUCUCAUAGUUUUUCCUUGUCCACCAUUUCAAGAAGCGAAGUCAAGGACGAGAAAAAAAACCAAGGGGAGUGACAAGUUAAAAGGCUGGCCAUCUUGUAAAUUGAACAUAGAUUUUAGAUGCAGUUCAUGAUCUUAUUGUGAAUUGGAUAAGUUCCGAGUCUUGUGCAUUUGUGGGAUCCUCUCACGAGUGCACGGCGUUUGUUACGCCUCAGAUUUGGGUUUUGGGGCGUGACAAGGUGGAACCUUUCUUUGUCUCUUUUCUAUUGUUGUAAUUCCUCUUUUUUUGUUUAUAGAGUUACUUGUUUGUUUGGGGGAUGGACAUGGGUGUUGGCAUGGUGGUUGGUGAUGGUGUUAUCACUGUUGGAGAAGAGUUUUCUUCUUCCAAUGGUCGAUCCCAAGCCUAAGAUACUUGGAUGAAGAAAUAUUUUUUGUUUCAUUUAGUGAAAGAACUAUUGUAAUAAUAAAGGGACUAGGAACUU